GGUGUUAAAGAGUUUUAAACCCGUAGAGAACAAAAUCAAACAUCUACGAUAUAAUGGGGUCCUUGACACAAUCCAAACUUCCUGUUAUCGACCUCACUCGUAAAAACAUAAACCCUGCUUCAAGUUCUUGGAUCACAAAGUGUGAUGAAGUUAUCCGUGGGCUUGAGGAAUAUGGUUGUUUCAUAGCCAUGUAUGAUGGAGUUUCUCAAGAACUCCAUGACUCGAUUUUCCUUGCAUCACAAGACCUUUUUGAUCUUCCUAUUGAAACCAAAGUCCUAAACACUUCAGAUACACCAUCUCAUGGUUAUGUUGGGAAAGAACCCAUAGUUCCUCUUUACGAAGGCUUAGGCAUUGAGGAUGCAACAACUACGAAAGGAGCUGAAAGAUUCACAAAACUCAUGUGGCCUUAUGGGAAUGAAAGUUUUAGUAAAAGUGCAUUGAUGUUCUCAAAGGCUGUAGCGGAAUUAGAUCAGAUAGUUAUGGGGAUGGUAGCAAAAAGUUACGGAAUAGAACAACACUAUAAGUCUCUCUUUGGGUCGACAACUUAUCUUCUUCGAUUCAUAAAGUACCUAUGCCCUCAAGGCAAUGGGCAAAAUCUAGGUCUUGUUCCUCACACUGAUAAGAGUUUCAUGUCCAUUCUUCAUCAAAAACAAGUAAAGGGUUUGGAGAUAAAGACAAAAGAUGGACAAUGGAUUGAAGUUGAUCCUUCUCCGUCAUCAUUCAUAGUCAUGGCAGGCGAUGCUUGCAUGGCAUGGACAAAUGGAAGAAUUGAAGCACCGUGUCAUAGGGUGAUGAUGCAAGGAAAUGAAGAGCGAUUUUCAUUAGGGUUAUUUACGUUUAUCAGGGAUUUGAAUAUAGAGAUUCCUCAAGAACUCGUUGAUGAAGACAAUCCUCUACAAUUUGAGGCAUUCGACAACUACAAAUACAUUCAUUACUAUUACACAGAUGAAGGGAAGAGAUCUAAGUGCCCCAUCAAAUCUUACUGUGGAAUUUGAGUUGUAUAUUGUUCAAAAUCAAGGUAGCACCGGAUGUAUGUUUGAUCAUAUUAUAUGUUUCAAGUUGUUUCUUGUUUCCAUGUAAAGUACAAAUAAUAAAUAUAUAUACAAGCUGCAUGGAUUGGCAUUAGGCCUUGGGCCUCUUGGGGUCUGCCUGAUUAAUUAAAUAUCUUUUUAAUUAAGCCUAAAUUUAUGCCCAA